CUUCAUUAAUUUGCAUAUUGCCCAAACGAAACACCCUUAUCAUAACUUCCUCUAGAACUGUUCUAAAGUCAUCUGUUGAAUCACUCUUUCCUUGCCUGUACCCUGAGAUCAACAUCACCUAGACAACAUUAGCAGCAUUUACACAACCAUGUGGGCAGAAGAUGACUUCACUCUUCCCUCUGGGGUAGUGCGACUGGGCCAAACUGAACCACGAGAUGGCUAUACCUACAUCAUGUACCACGGCACCACUAAUCAGGCCGCAAAUCAAAUCCUGAACACUGGUUUUCGUCAGUCUGCUGGUGGUAUGUUGGGGCGUGGAGUGUACCUCAGCCGAGACCUGCAGAAGGCAAGCAGGUACCCCCUGGAGCUUCCUGAAAAUCAGAGGGUUGUCAUCCGAGUCAAAGUCAAUGUGGGCAAGGUGAAAAGAAUUGACAAUCAGUAUCAUCGUCUGCGGACAACCUGGCAUGAGAACGGUUACGACACCGCCUGGGUUCCUCCUAACUGUGGUAUGGUGAAGAGUGGUCUAGAAGAGGACUGUGUCUGGGACCCAAACCGCAUCACUGUCUUAGAUUUCAUCCAGCCUAAAAUGCAACAGCCCCAGGGUCAUUCACGCUGGUGUUGAAGGGUGGAUGAUGUGUAACAAUAUGAAGAGGAAAAUACAUUGAAUGUAUUUCAACAGUAUGUCAUUUAGACUCAUUGACUAAAACAACAGCUGAUUUUGACCAAUAAAUUGUUACAACAAUAAACCAGAA